UACUCAAGUUUAGCUGUUAUUAUUUCCAUAAAUUGCCAUUUAAACACAGGUGGCAUUCUCUUGACGUAGAGCCAUUGCCAAGGCAACCUGAUACUAAUACCAAUAGGUGCUCAUGACAAAACAGGCUGUAUGUUACAUGAUGAAUUAUGAAUUAGAGGAGUAACUAUAAUGUUACAUUAAACUUACUGUUGUAAGUUUACUUUACUCUGGCAUGAGUAAUGGCCUAAAGAUAAAGCAGUCACACUAACCCGAGAUCACGAUGGAGCAAGCUUAACUACAGAGCACCCAAGACCCACUGAGAUGGAGUGCACAGACUCCCUACAGACUAUUGAUAACCCUCAAGUCCAGACAGACUCUGAUAAGCAGCAGCUAGAUCGAGAAAGUGAGGGUCAGAUGCUUGCUUUCUAUGGAGAAGAUGAGUCCAGCACAUUUGAGACAUCAGAAACAAGACCGCCAUCAGGAGGGGAAAUGAAAGCUUCAUCUGAUUCAGCUGGGUCUACCCUGCUGCCCGGGGUAACACAGAGUCCAGCUUCUAUGGAUACCAGUAUGAUACAGCCGACACCAGAAACACCAAUGACAAGAGAGCCACAGGAGCCAAUCCCUGAAGAACCGAAGGAAGAGCCUUUGCCAGAGAACAUGGCAAAAUGUGAGUUCUGCAGUCACAUUGGAGAGCGGGAAUCAUUCUUUUCCAAAUCAAAAAGAUUCUGCAAAAUGGAAUGUGCCAAGAGAUACUCUGCAUCAAACAUCAAAAAGAAAGCAAAGGAUAAAAUAGGAGCAACCAAGAAAAAGCACACAAAGCCCACAUCUAGUACGGUGACAAGAAGCAGUACUGCUCCAGAUACAGCCAAAGCCAUGCCCAGUGCAUCGACUGUUAUGACUCCUUCCCCGCCCCCAGUGCCUGUUGAAAAGUCCUCUAUGCAAGGCCUUGGUACGGUGCAUAUCAGAGAAGUGGGGGAAAGCUGGCAGAAUAAGACAUUUGACUGGUCUGACUAUCUGAAGAAGACAGGAGCAAAGUCUGUACCUGCAUUUAUGUUCAAACAUGUCUGUAUGAACCCCUGUCUCAAGGGAGUCCAUGUUGGCAUGAAGGUGGAGGUUGUCAACUGCGGCAUGGAUGUGGUGGACGACACAGAGGUGGCCUUUUGGGUGGCCACUGUCAAGCAGCUACGGCAACAUAGGGUGUUGUUACGGUAUGAGGGCUAUGAGGAUGACGACUCGGCAGACUUCUGGUUUGACCUGCGCUCAAUGAAUAUACACCCUGUGGGGUGGUGUGCUAAGAGAAACAAGCUUCUUAUACCACCACCUGCAAUCCGAGAAAACUGCACCAACUGGCGGGACUACUUGUUUAAGUGCUUGUCAGGAGCGAAGACAUUCUCAGCUGAGUUCCUACAACAGCUGCAAGACCAGCCCUAUAACAGAUUCCAGAAGGGAAUGAAAGUCGAGGUAGCCGAUCGUAAAAAUAUGUACUCCAUGUGUGUGGCUACAAUAGUUGAUGUCAUCGGAGACAGGCUAAGACUAAGAUAUGAUGGUCUUGAGGCAGAUGUUGCAGAGGAUUUCUGGUGUCAUUAUCUAUCCUCUGAAAUCCACCCUAUCGGCUGGUCGUCUCUAGUAGGACACACUCUCCAGCCCCCUAUUGGAUGGAAGCACAGUCUUAGCAAGUGGAAUGAGUUCCUGGCCGACGACCUGGCGAACUCAGUGGAUGCUCCCCAGGAGUUCUUUGUCCAGGAUUCCACGGGCACGGCCCCGGGUUUGCACCAGUUCAAAGUAGGCAUGAAAUUUGAGGCGAUUGACCCGUUUAGCCCCAGUCAUAUUGUGGUCGUUACGGUCAUCAAGGUGUUGCGAUUCAAUUAUUUCGUGCUUGGAGUCGACUCACUUGCCACUUACUUCGUUUGUCAUGCAAACAGCCGGAACAUCUUCCCAUGUGGCUGGGCUAGGUCCCAGUCCCUCCCCCUCACUCCACCCAGAGUGUGGCAUUCCUCUCUGAUCUCAGACUAUUCCCCUGAGACGUUCAGCUGGCCUGAGUAUCUCGACAAGACAGGAGGCAUCGAGGCGCCGGUGCAUCUUUUCAAACAGGAGCGGCGCAUGAAUGGCUUCCGAAUCGGCAUGAAGCUGGAGGCUGUAGACUUGCGUGAGCCUGCACUUGUGUGUCCAGCGACCGUGACUGAUGUGAAGGGACCGUUGCUAAGAAUACACUUUGAUGGGUGGGACGAUUCUUACGACCAGCUGGUGGACAUGGACUCGCUGGAUAUCUUCCCUGUUAGCUACUGUGUGUCGGUCGGACAUCCGCUACAACCGCCUGGGCCAAUGCCGGACAAGUAUGUCGAAAAGUAUGGACCAGAACUUGAGUCUGCGAAGCAAACGCCGAAAAGAAAACCACCACCGACGGGACCACAAGAUGAUAAGGGGCAAAAGAAAAAAGCCAAGUCGCUCUAUCCGCAAGAAACUAUCUAUUUCAAUCGGAAAUGCUACCCAGGGCCGAACCUUAACCGAGAGCUUGUACGAAACCUGCCCGACUUCGUACGAGGCGCCGUGAUCGGUCCGGAGAAGCACAACAUUAUGCGCAUGUGCAUGCAGAACCUCGUCUCGGCUGCACUAAACCCGAAACAGGUACUGGAGCUCUUCAGUCGGGAGUUUUACCAGAACAAAAAGAACAAAGAUCUUCAACUCGGCGGCACCGUAUGCAUCGAGACGAAAAGUAAAAACGGCAAGAGGAUUAUGAGGCGUGUGCGAGUGGUUAACAAGACGGACCAUCUGGGACCAUACCUCCAGCGGGUCUGCGAGGUCUUGAACUGCUGCCCAGAGGUCGUCAGUGCCACCCGAUACCCCAUGGGCUACUGUAGCCCGCUCUGUAUGAGUCGAGCUAAAGACAACAGCGUGACAUCAACAAGCGACGGCCGCCUAGUGGUUGACCCCGAGGACCAGACAGAACAAGGGGUGGACGUGACGGAACCUCUAAACCCCAUGGACCCCGUCCCGGACCCGUCUGGGGAGCUGGCCCUGCCAAUAAAAACAGAGCGCAAGGACUCGCCGCACGAGGCGAUGGUAACGAGUACCAGUAACCUACCGGGUACUGCCGAACAGGACUCGGACGCGGCCUCCGUGCUGCUUUACCACAGCUGUAAUAACAGCAAGGACCCGCGCAUGUGGAAUAUGCAGGACGUGGCGAACUUCAUGCUAUCUAUAGGGUGCUCCAACUACGCCGAGGCGUUUAUCAAAGAGGAGAUAGACGGCAAAGCACUAUUACUCCUAACGCAAGAAAUGUUGGAGUCUCUGACCGAGAACAAACUGGGCCCUAUGACAAAGAUCCACAAUGCCGUGCGCGCCCUUAAGCAGUCCUGGGGCAUCUAGCCAAUCACAGCUAGGACUACCACGCCCCAUAGCACUAGCCAAUCAGAAGAUAGGGCUACAGCAGCACUAGCCAAUCAGAAGCUUUGGUUGUUAAACCUUCACAGCCGAGUAAGGCCAGGGCUACCGUCGCAUUAUAUUGAAUUCUCUAAGUAAAUCUCUCCUAUGUACAAAGAACCAUUCUCUCUGUGUUAAUGAAAUUGAAUUGUCCGCAAUACUAUACGAUAUAUUUAUUCAGCGUAAUCAUAAGUUAUAAGAAUCUUAAAGAUCAGCUCAUGGAUUCCGCAAACUGUAGGCCACCUAUUUGAAAGCUGAUGGAGGUGAUAUGACUUUCAAUAUCACAAUUUAAAGAGUCUCUACCAGCCGCCAUUUUGUCAUCGUAACAAAAUAGCAAGUGUGAGAGAGCAUCCACUUUCAUCGGCUGAUUUGAGAUAGUAAUUGCGAUUUUUCCGAUUGAAUUUGGUAAAUGAGGUAUAAACCUUUGUUUUUAGAUGUUAAAUGCGAGAUUUUAACACAAUUUCUUUCCUAAUAUUGAUUAUAAAAAUUAACAAAGAUGUGGCUGACAAGGGCUCUAAUAAAGCCGAAAAUCUCGGGAUAAUUUGAAAUAUACCUCCCUGGAAUUUACUCUAAACGAGGCAAACAAAGUCUUAUCACCACCUCCAGAUGUCAAAUAGUCAUCCCAAUCUUUCCCCUAAGAGAUGCCGAUAUGCACUGUUUUGUGCAAGAAUUGCAGCAUGUAGAUUAGCGACGACAGCUUACCAAGCCAUAACUUCUAAAACGCGUCCCAUUCGUCAUUUUGUUAAACCUUUGUGUGUUGGCUGUAGAUAAUUUACAACAGGCAACCCACAAAGUAUGCUAUACUGCCCCCCGCAAAGCUAGUACUGCGCCUUAUUUUGUCUAGCAAACCUAGACUUUAAAGACUGUACUAUAGCCAUUUAAGAGAAUACCAGGCAAAAAAAAAAACGAUCGUAUGAAUUUUAAAGUUAAAGUGGGAAAAUUGAGUCUUUCUAUUAUACAUACAAAGAUAUAAGUAUUAUAUAUAACGAUUCAAACGGAAUACAUUAAUCUCCGACUUGUUCAUUUUGGGAGAGCCAAUAACUUUACAAACGCUCCUUUUGCCACCGGGGGAAACUGGGGCGAGGUACGAUGCAUUUCCGUAUGAUGUCCGAUUAACACUUGGUGAAGUUGGCGUGUACGGAACAUCGCUACCUGCGGAUUUCGUGGUUUCGCGCCAGCGACAUGACUUGUCUUCUUUGGGAAGGCGCGUAGUUGAUCGAUCGCUGCGGUGUUGUUGUUUUGGUUUGAUUUACUACGCGGGGACGGUCGCAAAACUACGAAUUCGGCUGUAAAUUAUCGAUGCUUACUGUGAAACACUCAAAAAGAAAUUUUAUCCAUACGCACUGUAAUGCAACUAAAUUAUUCCUAAUAGAAUUGUACAUAAUCGCUUCUAAGAUAUUCCUUUGGAUUUUAAAUCCUUACAAUGCUAAAGCUGAAAGUAGAAACUUUGCAACUAUACUUACGCUGCUUACCGCUGACCAAAAAACCGUCAGUGCUGGGCAGUACCUGUCUUACCCAGGAUGCACCGCGAGUAAAGGAAUGACAGCGCUUUACAGUGUAGGAUAAUUUCAGUAAUUAUGACGUUAUUUUCAAGGGCUUUUGUAAAAUAUUUUAGGUAAACUGCUUCCAUUCCAUUUCGCAAGCUCCCUGGGCAUGUAGAACUAGAUAAAUCUUUACUUUCCCAUAUAAAUAAAGUUAACACUACUAA